GAGAGGUUGAGGAAGAAUCAGAACUUCAGAAGCCACGAGCUAACAGAGAAAGCAAGAAUAGUAUUUCCAAGGUAAAAGAAAGAAAGAAAGAAAGAAAGAAAGAAAGAAAGAAAGCAUGGCUGAUGAGUUUAACACAAGCGGGAACUGGUGGGAUUCAUCGAGAAGCAGGUUCGAGAGCGGCACAUCUUCGUCUUCUUUGGGACUCAAUAAUUUUGAAUGGCCGACUGACAUGGCGGAUAUCAAAGCAAGAACCACCAUGGAUUCCCUGUCGGUUUCGGUUAGUUCGGUCGUUUUACAGGACACCCAGAAGCUGCAAGGGCAUGACCAAUCAGCCGGCGCCGCCGAUUCCGGCUUGCAUAUGAUGGGUUUAGGCCUUUCAACGCAAGCCAUGGAUUGGAACCAAGCUUUGCUCCGUGGUGAAAAGGGUGACGGCGGUUUUCGUUCGAUGCUUCAAGAGAACUUGAACUCGGCCGGCACCAACUUUCAGCAAGAAGCUGGGAUCGGAUCUUCUCAAGUUCAAUGGAGGGAAAAAUUGUUUUCCGGUGGGAUGAGUGGCGGCGAGUCCGCCGCGAACGAGUUUAAGCAACUUAAUCGUGGCUUUUCAUUAGAUCAACCGCCGUUUAGUCCUCAAUAUAGUUCCGGCGAUAGCACGGUGACAUGUCAAGGCAUGUCGUCUAGUUUUCCGAUGGAUUCAGCUUUGUACGGAAGCCCUUCAACUAUAUUGCAAGGACUAUUGGGUCCGGAUAGUCAGCCUCAUCAGCAGGCAAUGAAUUUUCCAUAUCCGGCCAGCUACGGCGUGAAUUCUAGCGAAUUAUUGCCUUCUUGGUCCAAGGUUCCUCAGUUUCUGAGAACUUCUCCUCCAAAACAGCAACCCCAGAGCCAUUUGCAUUUCUCCAACAACGCCCUGUUUUGGAACGCGUCGGAAGCUGCCGCCAUGAAAGAUGUCCGGUCGACCUUCUUCCCAUCCCAUCAACCCCAGUUCACCACGCCAAGCUUUGAUGAAAAACCAAAGAACAUAUCCGAAGUUCGGGACUCGGCGACGGCGGUGAAGAAAAGUGGCAGCGAAGCUACGUCUAAAAGGCCACGGAGUACUGAAACGCCGUCGCCUUUACCAGCUUUUAAGGUGAGGAAAGAGAAGAUGGGGGACAGAAUCACUGCACUCCAACAAUUGGUAUCACCUUUCGGAAAGACUGAUACAGCCUCAGUGCUUUCUGAAGCCAUUGAAUACAUCAAGUUCCUCCAUGAACAACUUAGUGUCUUAAGCACCCCAUACAUGAAAAGUAGUACUGGAGCUCCCAUACAACACCAGCAGACUUCAGAGAAAUCCAAGGAUCCGGAAGGACCAAAACAAGAUCUAAGAAGCCGAGGAUUAUGUUUGGUACCAGUUUCGAGCACAUUUCCUGUCACUCAUGAGACCACAGUGGAUUUCUGGACGCCAACAUUUGGAGGAACGUUCAGAUAAAAGGAAAGAGAAGCGGUCAAAACUCAAACUACCCAUUCAUCCGUACCUAAUAUAUAUAUAUAUAUAUAUAUAUAUAUGUCUUAUCAAAACCCUAGCCAAGUUGGGAGUGAUAAGAUGAAAAAAGAAGAAAAGCAGAAGACACAGAAGAAGCCCACACGAUUGUACUAGUAAUUGGGUUGGAAAAGAAAUUGGAUAGAAGAUGGUGAAAGAGAAAGAAAAGGAAAUGACCCUGCAAAGGACAACCCAUUGUAGGGGCUGCUACAGGCAAAAUGAUGCAGGUUUGGCCAAUAUUGGGACCAUUGGAAGCAUAUUAAUUGUUGUAAUAAUUGAAGAAUUAUGAUUAAUUAGAGGUGUUUUAGAAAUGAUAUAUAUGAUCAACAGCUACCUAGCGCGCAGCUAGCUAGCUGCUGAAUUUAGGGAAAGUUAAUUUCAAAGUACUAAUUUUUAGUGGAAAAAUUUGUUGUUAGUAACAAAAAGGUUGGAUAGAGGAGCUUUUAAUUUGUACUUAAUUCAGCUGGCACUACCCUUUAAUUUUAGUUUAAUUAAG